CCGCAAAGAAAAAGUAUAAGCGAUGGUCCUGUGGUAGUAUUCUACUAGAAGAAUAUAAAUUGUGGUAUGGCCACAGCCACAGGCUCAGUGGCCAAUGAGUGUUCAUCAGUGAGGAUAAUCAUACAGCAGUGUCUCUCAGCCAGACUACAGGUGCAACCACCGACAGAAAAUGAAGAUGCAAAAUGGGUUGAGAUUACCAGGGGAAUUGUUAUCUACCUGUGUUUUCUCAGAGGCUCAAACUUGGAUGUUUUACCAAAAGUUGUUAAGUCUAUUUUGAAUGUACGGCUGAGUGAGACCACAGCCCAACCAGGAAAUGUGUCUGUUCUGGAGUUACCUGGUGAUAUUCUCAUUGUUCCACAGGCAACACUUGGUGGAAAGAUGAAAGGAAGAAGUGUUCAGUACCAUUCAAAUAUAUCAAAAGACGAAGGAAGGAUAUUUUAUGAAAAGUUUAUUACCCUUUGUGAGGAAACAGUUCAGGCCAACUCGAUGACUUCACCACACUCUACUCCAAAAACAGUGAAAUAUGGCACGUAUGGAAACAGACAAGUACUGAGUGUGGAAACAAAUGGACCGUUCACCCACGUGUUUGACUUUUAGGACGGUUCUGAAUGGCCUUAAUGUACAAAUUUUUACGCAUAAGUUGCAACUCUUGGAGACCAUGCAGAAAAGUUGAAUAGUGAUUUUUUAUUUUUACGGGAAACAUCCCUACAAAUCGAUUUUGCAACAUUCAAUCUCUCUUCAUCCCUACGUUACUCUGACUGAAAAAAUGGUCCAUUUCGAAAAAGCACUUAGUAUAAUUCCUUAUCGGUCAUCUUUCUGUGAGAGUAUCACACCGUAGUGUGCUCAGCAUAUAUCAGUCUCAUACUGACACUGAUCAAAAGAAAACGAUCUUGGAAAUUCAGAACCGUUUUCCGUACUGCUGCUGAACUACCUCCUGGUAAUUCCAGGUCUUCUUACUCGGAAAGUUUCACGGUUCCACUCCAGCCGCGAUUUGAGAUUCAGUGUUCAAUUUCCUUUGCCUUUCUUUAAUCAUUACAGAAUGUAUAUAUGUAGGACUUUCCAUUACUUACGAAAGGAAAGGUUAUAAAAAGUUAGGUUGAAGGGUAUAAUUUUUUUAAAUGGUUGUUCCUCAGGAUAAAGAGUCCCAUGCUUGUCUGCAAAUUUUGCAGAAAUCGACAGAAUCCUCUAUAGUUAGAAUAAUUUCCUUCGCGUGCACUGCAUAUAUUAGAACCAGAAGUCUGGAACUAUUGCGGCGUAAGUUAUUGCAAUUCUGCUACUGAGGGCUAUUGGUGAUGAAGGUGCAGCGCUCAGUGCAGUGACUCUUUCAUGCCAUGAUGCAGGCACUUGGCGUUCCUUACCGUUAAUACGAGGGGAAAAAUCCGCCUUCCCAACCCAGGUUCGUCAAUCAACGUAAGGUAGGCAGAAAAUCGACCUCGUAUUCCCUUUAUUGCCAAUAAAAGGUUCAAGUUUCGACGAAGAUUUCGUCUCCACCUGGCAUUUC